AUGUCUCUCCAGGCGAUAAAAUACACCGAUAAUCAGUUGCAUAUUCUCGACCAACUGCAACUCCCCUUCGUUGAGAAGUAUAUCCCUAUUCGAUCCGCGCAAGAUGGCUGGCACGCAAUCAAGGAGAUGCGCGUUCGUGGCGCACCAGCCAUUGCCAUCGUCGCAAUACUGUCGCUUGCAGUUGAAUUGAACGAACUGCUAGCCGGUGGGAAGUUGUCGCCUUCGUCGGAGGAAGUCGGUCUGUUUAUCAUCGAGAAGCUACACUACCUUGUCACGAGUAGGCCGACGGCAGUGAAUCUGGCCGACGCUGCGCAAAAGUUUGAACAUAAGGUGACUGAGCACGUUAAGACUCCGGGUUCUACGGGCCAGUCUCUCGUUACAGCUUACUUGCAGGAGGCAGAAUUGAUGCUAGUCAAUGACCUCAGCGACAACCAGAACAUCGGAGCGUGGGGAGCAAAGUGGAUUCUUGAGCGAGCAACAUCGCAGGGACAGACCAAGGUCAAUGUACUGACUCAUUGCAACACAGGGUCACUGGCGACUGCAGGCUAUGGCACAGCUUUAGGUGUCAUCCGGUCCCUCCACUCAGGAAAUGCCUUGAACCGUGUUUAUUGCACAGAAACUAGACCGUACAACCAAGGUGCUCGACUGACGGCAUUCGAACUAGUGCACGACAAAAUGCCUGCAACUCUGAUAACUGAUUCUAUGGCGGCCGCCCUCCUCGCAAAGCCCGAAUCCAAAGUUUCCGCUAUAGUUGUCGGAGCAGAUCGAGUGGCAGCCAAUGGAGAUACCGCAAACAAAAUUGGAACAUAUGCUCUAGCUGUGCUUGCAAAACAUCACGGCGUCAAAUUUCUUGUAGCCGCACCACGCACAACGAUUGAUCGAGGAACAAAAUCAGGAAGUGGGAUUAUAAUUGAAGAACGCGCCUCAUCGGAAGUGACGAGUAUCAAGGGUCCCUUGCAGGGACGCGUGGGAGACACAUUGCAGAUGGAGACCAUCCAGUUGGCCGCCACCGGUAUAGAUGUAUGGAAUCCGGCAUUUGACGUCACGCCGGCGGCCCUCAUCGAUGCCAUUAUCACUGAGAAAGGGGUCGUCGAGAAGGGCCCGGAUGGCUCGUUUCAUUUCGACAAGCUUUUCGAUGAGUCGGAUCUCUCCUGA